AUGCCCAAUUACACCGUCCGGCGAGCGAUCGCCGCAGGAGUGUUCGCGUGCUUCGUCACGUUCCUGCUGACCGAUCCGCUGAAGCGCAGCCCGAUCGCGCAUCUGCCGUUCGAGCCCGUGCAGCAUGACGCGCCGCCGCGCAUGUGGCCGCCCAUCAUCGAUCUCACCGAGAAGCUCACUUACGCGCAGCGCAGGUACGAAGGGGAGGGUUUCGGGCCGGAGAGUCUUGCGUGGGAUCUGGAGGGGCGAGGGCCGUACGCGGGGCUCAGCGACGGCCGCGUGGUGCGCCGCAACGCCGACGACACUGCCUGGGAGACUUUUGCCUGGGCCUCCCCCCAGCGAACCCCGGAACUAUGCGAUUUGAAGCCCGUGGAGCUGGAGGAGGGUAAAUCACCCAUCGUAUAUGGCAUCAACAUGACCCUGGUCCCGAAUCUCGCCACGGAGCACAUAUGCGGGCGGCCGCUGUGGCUGCGGUUCCACCCGGUGACGGGCGAGCUGUAUUUCGCGGAUGCCUACUUUGGCGUGUUCAAAGUGGGGCGGCAGGGCGGGCUGGCGCAGCCUGUCGUGACGCAAGUGGACGGCCGCCCGCUGCUCUUCGCGAAUGACCUUGAUAUUGCCGCGCAGGACGAGAACGGAACCCUUUAUUUCACCGACACCAGCAAACGCUUCCACCGCCGCAACUUCUUUGUGGCGAUAAUGGAGGGGUGGUCUGACGGGCGGCUGAUGAAGGUGGACCUGGCAACGGGCGAGGUGCAGGUGCUGCUGCGCAACCUCGCCUUCGCCAAUGGUGUUGCUCUCUCCAAAGACCAGUCCUUCCUUAUCGUCUGUGAAACCACCAAGGCCAGGUGCAUGCGCUAUUGGAUCAAGGGCCCCAAGGCUGGCACCACUGAGCUUUUUCUGGACCUGCCCGGGCUGCCCGACAACGUUCGCCUGAACCCGCGGGGCCGUUUCUGGAUUGCUCUGCAUGCCAGACGAGGCAUGGUCAUUGACACCCUGGCCACGCGCCCGUGGUUACGCCGCAUCCUGAUGCGGUUACCACUCGAAGUGAAGAUUCUCUACGCCAUGAUAGUGGGGGCGCCGCACGGGUACCUGAUAGAGGUGGACGAGAACGGGGAGAUCACGGAGGUUCUGGAAGACAGCCUGGGGAUCGUGGUGCGGGCGAUCAGUGAGGUGGAGGAGCGCAAGGGGCAGCUGUGGAUGGGGUCUGUGAUCAUGCCUCAUCUGCACGUGCUGGAUUACCCGGUCAAGGUGAAGCUGCCCGGGAAACCUGGGCAGGAGGGUGGGGAAGGAGAGGCAGAGGGUAGUGCUGAGGGUGAGAAGGAAGAGGAGGAUGCUGAUAGUGAUGCUGAUGGUGAUGCUGGUGCUGGUGGUAGGGAUGAGCUGUGA